AUGUCGGCGCGCAUCGCCGCGAGUAUCGUGCCUCGCGCACGUCCGAGGUCGCGCGCGUCGACGCGCGCGUCGCGAAGACGGGGCGACGCGGCAACGCGGCAUCGUGUGCGAGCGCACGCGGCGGAGACGUCGCAGCGCGGCCGCGCGCCGCCGACGGUAGAAAACCAUCGCGUCGGAAGUCGUUCGUUUGCAGGCUCGCGAUCGGCAUCGCGCUCGUUCGACGACGACGUCUCGUCGUCGGGGUCGUUCGACGAAGGCGCCCGCGUGGUCAAGGCGAGACCGCUGCGGUUACUCACGUCGUAUGUCGACGUCGUCGAGGCGUUGUGUCGUGAACUUGGAACGACGAGUAAGGGCGAUAGCGUAGAGUUCAGCGUGUACGUGUUCGAGCGCGGGAAAUCGAGCGACAAAGUCGUCGCGGCGAUGAAGAGAGCGGUCAAGCGAGGCGUGCGCGUGAAGUGCUCUGUGGACGGUUCCGUUGUGAGCAAGUUCACGCGAUGGUGCGAAGGGACGACGACGUUAACGGCAGAGUUAGAAGCGCUACAAGAAGAACUCGGGGCGGAGCAUUUUUCGUUCACACCGGUUUCGCAAGCGACGCACGCAAAGUUCAUGAUUGUCGAGCGAAAACACGGCACCGGAUUGCCGUCGGUUAUAUUCGGCGGCGUCAACGUCGGCGAUAGAUUUACAAAUUGGCGCGAUUUCGCCAUUAGAGCGGAUGGUCGAGCGGCUGUGGACGCCAUGCGGUAUGCAUUGGGAAGCUUCGAGCGCACAAUUACGUCGAACGACGACGCAGAUAUCGUUUUUGCGAGUAAUCUACCGACGGGCUGGUCUCCAAUCGCCUGGACUUUCCCUAGAUAUAUGACCUUUCCCGGGCGUUUCGAGGUGAAGCAAGCGAUGAAGCAGUUACUUCGAGACACCAGGUACUCGAAAUAUUCCGUCGCGAUGGCCUACAUUGAUUCCAUGGGAGCGGAUAUGCUCGCCGAAAUGUUGAGGCGACGCGACGCGUCACUCACGCUCAUCGUCCCUCGAACGCCGAACGUGUAUCACGACGCAAAUCGCAAGGCGCUCAAACGACUGGUCGACGUGAACGCGUCGCGGCGAAGCGGUGACUCGAACAACUUGAAAAUAUUUCUCAUAGACGACAUGCUGCACGCCAAGGUGUUGUACGCGGAGAGCGAGGACGAAUCCGUGGCGGAUUUCGGGAUGUUGGGGAGCUGCAACUUGAAGCAACGUUCGCUCGGGCAGUUUGUCGAGCUCAACGCUUCGAUUCGGCAGCCAGCGCUAACGAUGGCUCUGCGAAGACAGCUUGUGCAGCUCGUGGAAGAGUCUUUACCGCUGACUAAAGAUGAUUUAGUCUUCAGCGAACCGAAGGCGACCAUCGAAGAGUGGCUCGGUUGAGAAUUGUAUUAUAGAUGCUGCUAAACUACGACGUG